AUGGACCCCCUUUCUGUAGCCGCUUCUUUGGCUGGUCUCAUCACCAUUUCAACCCAGAUUGUCAAUAUUAUCCACAACAUAAAAUUAAAAAACAACAAAGAGCUGGAUUCGCUCUCCAGAGAGAUCCACGCUGUGAGGGGAAUCCUAUCACAAAUCCAACACAUCGUUCAAUUCCAGUCUACCAAACCCACGAAGAACUCAGAAUGGCUUGACGCACUCAACGCUACUUUGGAUGACUGCGGUGAUACGUACCUACAGCUGCAGAAAUCCUUGCAAGCACUGGUGUCAAGCUCAAGACUCGAGGCACUAAAGAAGAAAGUCAAAUGGACGCUCAAAGAGAAGGAUAUCCAGGACUCAUUGAGAAAGGUCGAGAGCUAUAAGCUUUCUCUGGACUUGUUAUUAUCUGUUCAAACGAGUACUACAACGACCAAUAUUGAAGAGGUCCUGGUUCAACUUCAAAAGAAGUUACAACUCACAUCACCCGCUACCGCCACGACUCGGACACCCUUGUCGUGGAGAAAGAAACUAGCCGGCUUUGGGGCAGAUCAUUCACCCUCGCAAACAAGCGACCUCGAAGACACACAGUCAGAUUCAGAAAGGUCCAUAGCCGAUGUUUCAUACAUCAUUUCAAGGUCAAAUACGACUGACUGGACCGAUCCCGGAAUUUUCGGAAUAAACCAGGACGAAGGCAAAGAUGCCCCUGAUCUCAACAGCCCAGGACUUGUUUGUAUCUGUGAAAUAUCCGUCGGACAGAAAAAAAUCAGCCUCUUCUGUAGCUGGGAGAGACACCCAGCGAACGAGAUGUUCACUCCUCUUCGAGCACAUAUUUUGUUUAAAGGGCCCACACCUGGAGAUUUAUAUUUCAUGCAGCUGGAAGAAUCUUUGAUGGUACAACCUAUUGAGCGCUUUGUUGUCCCAGUAGGGAAAUGCAGUCUUAUUAUUGCGCAAUGCAACAUCAAGGGUGGCGUGUGUCCCCUGAGCGACCUUGACAAACGUGAUGAUAAUAAGGAGUUCAAUCUCGCCCUCGAAGACUUUGCGUUGAAAUCCAACAUAAAUUCUCAACAGGUGCUCGUGAACUUUGACAGUGUCCAAGAUAGGCAGAAGUUCUUAAAUCAUCUCUAUGGUGCCCGGUACCUCCAGCGCAUGGACCUUGCAUUUGCUAUCUCCAACCAGUUCUAUCAUCAUUCGCCUUAUCAAAAAAGGAUUCAAAAUGUGCAGAUAGGGUACGCGGAUGGGACUGAAAAGUCAUACAUCUAUCCAUAUCUAUACCUUGAUUAUCCUAUAGAGGGUGGAUCUAUCAUGCUUGUGUGUGGAACUAAACCAAAUAACGAGAAGGCGGUCGUAUUCAGGGAAAACAUCCUUGAACUUGAUCUCCAGAUAGUGGGGUCUGAAGCGCUUGUGUUCACAAAUCCGGAUGGGAAGGCCAUCCAUACCAUAUCAGCAACCCUGGGCUCUCUAGAUGAGCUUGUUAGUUUGUAUCACCGCCUGCAAGAUAUGACCAGAGAAUGGAAAUCCAUCCAAGCCAAAGGAGUUGAUAACUUCGAGACCAAAGCCGAAUGGCUGGUUGAGAAUCUUGAGUUUCUUAAGGAUUCUCUAGCUACUACAACCUCCUUUAAUAAUGUUCUUGUUGCCGUUCAAGUGGAUCGCUUCCUAAAGCGAAUGAAGUUGGAAAUAUCGACACAACAUUCACAGGAGAAAUUGGCCUCUUGUCACGUCUUGACUUCAUCUGUUCUACUAUACAAAGAGCACUUCAGAAAAGAUUCAUCAGAUUUCUUUACUGAUCCAGUCAUGCAAACUGGUUUCUGGGACUUGAAAAUCGGCACUACUACGGCUGACAAUUUUCAAGUAGGACAGGUAAAGAUCCACGGCGCCAAUGCAAAGAAAAUAUGUGACGAGCUGGAAGAUAUCGUGGAAGAUUGCAACAUAGGUACCGAGGGUGCACAGAAGAAAUUCUUAAAAGCGCUUUGUUAA